AUGAUUCGUCGAAUUGUCUGUGAUGUUGAAUUUUGUGUAAUUGUUAAAGAAAAAUUAAAUCCUUGUGAUAGUGUACUUGUAACUGGCUCAUGUGAACAAUUAGGUGAAUGGUUACCAAAUCGUUGUGUACCAUUAAAUCGUACAGAUAAAAAUGAUGAAGGUGAAAUUUGGUCAACUAAUAUUAAAAUUUAUGGAACACAAAAAAUUUCUUAUCGAUAUUUAAUUGCGCAAAUUGUACGAAUUGAUGAUGAUUUAAAUUUAAUUAUUAAAAAAUGGGAAACAUUUAAAACAGCACGUCAAAUAUCAUUGAAUAAUCAUUGGAUGAAUGAAUGUGAUAAUGGAGUAUCAUCCUUAACAAAUACACCAGUUGAUAAUGAACAACCUGAUGAAUAUCCAGCUAUAUUUGGUUGUUAUAAAGGUGAAUGUCGUACUGAUAUUGGUUGGUUAACUGGUCAAAGAGAAAUUCAACUUCGUUUUCAUUCAAAUACUUUACAAUUAUGGUCAUCGAAAUUACGUAAUAGUAAAAUGUCAUUAAAAGUUUCACCUAUUGAUUUAAAUUAUCAACAAGAAAAUGAAGAAAUUUCAUCAGAUUUACCUGGUCAACUAUAUGCACCAACAUCAAAAGUAUUUAUACAGUCAGCUAUAUUACGUUUAUCUGGUUGUGAAGCUAAUAUUCAAAGUGAUUAUGGUGCUAUUAUUGAAAAAGAUGAUUAUAUGAUUGUUAAAAUUCAAACAUUUGAACCAGAAAAUGUUGCAUAUCAUAUUGAUUUUUAUCUUGUUGAUGAAUUAACAACAUUAAGAAAACAUAUUGGUUUUGCAUAUGUUUUACCAGUACAUUCAAAUCUUGAAUUAGCAGAUAAUAAACAUCUUAAUCGUAUUGUACCUAUUAUUGGACUUAAACAUAAUCCUAUUGGUCAAAUAAAAAUUGAUGUUUUAUUAAUAACACCAUUAGAAGGUGUUCAACAAAAGUUUCUUGUUUCACCAUCAAAAUAUUGGCGUCAAGGUCGACGACCAGUUAAUGUUGGUCAUCGAGGUUUAGGUAAAACAAAUACUGAACAUAUUCCAUGUAAAACUCAAUCAUCAUCAUCAUCAUCAUCAAAUGAUUCAAAUAAACAACGUAUUAUGGAUAAUACAGCACCGAUACUUCCACCAACAACACGACCUGUUCAAACAAAAUUUGUUAGUGAAAAUACAUUAGCUUCAUUUAAAGGUGCUUUUCAACUUGGUUUUGAUUUUGUUGAAUUUGAUGUACAAUUAGCUAAAGAUAAAAUACCUGUUGUUUAUCAUGAUUUUCAAGUUGCUAUUACACUUAAACGUAAAGGACAAGAAGCUGAAUUAUUUGUUGUACCUGUUAAAGAUUUAACAUUACCACAAUUACAAUCAUUAAAAAUAUAUCAUGCAAGUAAAACUGAUGUAUCAAAAGUUGAUGAAGAAUUUGAUGAUGAUGAUCAAACAACUAUAAAUAAUAAUACAAAUUUAACAGGAAUAUCAAAUUCAUCAAAUAAUCUUGAUAAUCAACAAAUAAUUUCAACAAAUCAAUUAAAACAACAACAACAAGAUGAUAAAAAAUUUCGUUCAUUAUUUCCAACAUUACACGAACUUUUUGAAACACUUGAUCCACAUCUUGGAUUUAAUGUUGAAAUAAAAUAUGCUAUGGAAUAUCGACAAGGUGGAAGUGAACAAAAUCAUUAUUUUGAACGUAAUGAAUACAUUGAUUGUAUUCUUCGAUGCCUUAUUACUUAUGCUGGUAAACGUGUUAUACUCUUAUCAACAUUUGAUCCUGAUUGUGCCUCAAUGCUUCGUCGUAAACAAACAUUAUUUCCAGUAUUAUUUUUAACACAAGGUGAAAAAGGUGAUUGGCCACAAUUUUUAGAUAUUCGAACAUGGUCAAUUGAUAUUGGUCUAUGUUUUAUUGUUGCUGAACAUUUAUCAGGUUUAGCUGCACCAGCACUUGAUAUUCUUUCAAAUAAAGAUUUUGUUAAACAUGUUAAAGAUAAUGGAAAAUUAUUAUUUGUUUGGGGUGAUGAAGCAAGUGAAAAAGAUGUAUCAAAAUGUUUAUUAGAAUUACGUGUUGAUGGUUUAAUAUUUGAUCAUGUUGCUGAAUUUAAAGAAGAACAUUCAACAACAGAAAAUCUCUUUAUUUCGGAAGAACGUGAAGAAUUAGAAGUCCUUAAUAAUUUUCGUCAAAAACAACUUGAAUUGCAACAUAAUCAAUUAUUACAGGAACUUGAACGAUUAAAAGCUGCACGAGAAGUAACAACUUUAUUAGAAUCAACAAUAAAUACAUCAUCAACAAAUCAACUUUCUAAAGUCUCAACAAAUUUAGGACAAGAUCAAUCAUCUAUAACAGAUUCAAAUUUUAAACAUGUUAUGUGA